AUGGCGUCAUAUUCUAUAAUUGAUAAUCUAGUGUUGGUCAUACUUUAUAUUGGUGGAAUAUCUAUUAGUACUAGUGAGCCUACUUUUGAUGAGAAUUAUCAUGUUGUUUGGGGGUAUAACCAUGUUCAAAAUGAAGCAUCGGAAGUUCAGAUUUACUUAGAUUAUUCAUCGGGUGCAAGAUUCGAAUCAAAACUUGACUAUGGAUCAGGGUUCUUUACCAUGAAAAUAAAAUUACCAUCAAACGACUCUGGAGGAGUUGUUACAGCAUUUUAUUUGACAUCAAUGGACGAUGGUAAUCGUGAUGAACUAGACUUUGAGUUCUUGGGUAACAGAGAAGGGAAACCUUACACAUUGCAGACUAAUGUUUUUGCGCAUGGACAAGGAGAUAGGGAGCACCGGAUUCGUCUUUGGUUUGAUCCCACGGCUGAUUUUCACACUUACAAGAUCCUUUGGAACCAACAUCACAUUGUAUUUUUUGUUGACAACAUACCCAUAAGAUACUUCAAAAACAACACACGGCUGGGCGUGAGCUAUCCAUCUAAGCCAAUGAAGAUAGAUGCAAGCAUAUGGGAUGGAUCUAGUUGGGCAACUGAUGGAGGGCAGACCAAGAUUAUAUGGGAACAUGCACCAUUUAGGGCUUAUUUUAAGGGUUUCAACGUUAAUGGAUGCUCAGUUAGUAAUGGUGGGAGUAUUGAUCCAUGCAACUAUGAUCAAUUUUGGUGGAACAGCAAAAGAUAUUGGGAGCUUAACCCGACUGAACAAAAAGCCUACAAAAUUGUUAAGCAUCAUUAUCUUACUUACGACUAUUGUGUUGAUAAGACUAGGCAUCCUGUUCCUCCUACUGAAUGCUCUCAGCAAUAA